AAGGUCGCCAGGGUGCCAUUUUGAUAAUAACUCCCUGAGAAACUGCCACUCGUUAUCAGAAUUUAUCAAGAUACUGCGAUUUAUACCCCAGCGGAGAUAUCGAAGAAACUAGUCGAUAGCGUUCAAAUCAUGACGACGGAGGAUAAACACCCGAAAACGAAACACUGCAACGGGCUGCUGUUUGAAUGUAGACAUACCAACAGUUUAAUUUUAAGUAGAAAUAUAUGAAACCUGCCGUAGAGUGAGAAACAAAAAGGAGCUAUCACAGACGGCUAGCUAGCUAAGUUAGUACCGGGUGGAAAAUCACUGAGACGACUCUUUUUGGGAAACUCAAGAGACGGUACACCGUCACCACCACAAAUGGCCAGGAUGCCAUUCACGAACUUUGAGGACUUGAACAAGGCUGCUAAUUUUAAAUUCAAGGAGGCCAUGAUGAACGAACGGAGCAAACGAUGGAGCAAGCUCUAUGAACUGUACUACAGUCUCGGCUGGGCACUACAGCAAGUUGGAGAGCACACCAAAGCUGUAAAAGCCUAUACCAAGUCCAUCAACAGUGUCAGUAUUCCUAAGAACGGCUGUUUGGCGGGAUGUCAUUCCAACUCGUGCCUUAUGACGCCCGUGCAUGCCAAACGAGCAUUUGCUUAUGCAAAAUCAGGGGAUCUCAAAAAUGCACUUAAGGACGCCGAGAAAACAGUCGUGUUGGACAGUCGUAAUCCGGACGUGUACUGCAUACGGGCACUUGUGCGAAACAGCCGAGGUGAAGAAGUGCUGGCUCUGCAAGACGUCAUCAAGGCACUGAGCUUGAACUCCAAUCACAUAGCAUCUCUCAUCAUACGAGGAACACUGCAGGCACCCGUGAUACUAUCAGACUGGCCCGGCAGCGAGGCAAUGGCGCCAAAUAAAGACCACGAGAAAGCCAUAAAGAUCAAUCCUGAUAGUCAAAACUUCCUCAGUGUCACAAGUAUGGAGCAUCCUGACGUCAACAGGUUCUAUGACAGAUUCCUGUACUCUCUAAAUGUUCCUCACACCGUCAAUGUCAUCAAUAUGAUGCCAAAGCACAGGGAAAAAUCGAAAGAGGAACCGAUGCCUCAUGGCAAGGGAUACGAAUCUCCCAUGAAGUUCUUACAUCACCAAACCGAGGGCGCCAAAUCUGCUGGUACUCCGACUUCUUUCCGCUGUGGAUCAACUACGUCAUAUACCAGUAGGGCUGCGCAGAGGAGGAAAGAGCCUUGGAUGGGAGACAAGCUACCUGUAGCUGAGAUACCACAACGGAAACCGACACCGGCGUUUUACUGA